AUGUGGUUCUGGAUUUCUGGCUGGUUCUUCGUCGCUUUAGCUGCGGCUGGAAACUGCAUAGUAAUAUACCUAGUCGUUAAAACUCCAAGCCUGCAGACGAAUACAAACUGGUUUGUACUCUCCGUCGCUGUAUCUGACAUGUGCGUGGCUUUGACGUUCUUUCCACCGUUAUUUGGCCUCAUUUUUCUGGGUCUCACCUUCGACACAACGCACGCUGGGGCAUUCUUCAAAAUCAGUUCCACAUUCAUGUACUGCUCCAACGCGAAUCUUUUCGCCAUGACCAUGGAUCGCUAUAUCGCCGUUACAAGACCUCUGAGGUACGUGGAAUUGAUCGCAAAAAAGGUUAUCUUUGGUCUCAUCGCUGCCGCCUGGGUCACGCCAUUUUUACUCUUCUCACUUCCUGCCAUUUUCACCAAUAACCACAACCCAGGGUAUACCAUGUUCGUGGAGGUCUCGAGUAUCAUCAUUUUCCACAUUUUCCCGUUGGUGGCUUUUGUUGUCGUAACAUACCAUCUCCUUUACUUUGCCAACAAGCUUGCCCGAGAAACAAGGAAAAUGGUCGCCCAGGUGCGCUUCAAUCAUGCAGAUGACGAAGUUAACGUACCACAGGCACGCGAUCCAUCCGGCUCAAGCAAGAGAAGGACAACCGCCAUGAUCCUCCUGAUCAUCACAGCCUUCAACAUCACAUACCUUGGAAGAAACUACCAAUGCAUUUGCCUUUUGACCGAAGCCUGUCCCUGUGAAGGCACCUUAAGGAAGAUCAUUAAUCUGGCGCUGAUUGCCAACUCAGCAGUGAAUCCAAUAGUGUACGCCUUCCUCAAAAGGGAUUUUCGAAAAGAGCUGCGCAAGAUGUUCAAAUUGCCAAAAAUGUAA